AUGGAUGGAGAGGAGAAAACCUACGGUGGCUGUGAAGGCCCUGAUGCCAUAUAUCACGCCACCGGGCCGGCCCUCAAAUUGAUAUCUUCUGAUGGUCAAGAAUUUAUUGUAGAAAGAGAACAUGCGCUAACAUCAGGAAUGAUAAAAGCCAUGUUGAGUGGUCCAGGUCAGUUUGCUGAAAAUGAAACCAAUGAGGUCAAUUUUAGAGAGAUCUCUUCACAUGUGCUAUCAAAAGUAUGCAUGUAUUUUACCUACAAGGUUCGCUAUACUAACAGCUCCACCAAGAUUCCUGAAUUCCCAAUUGCACCUGAAAUUGCUCUGGAACUGCUGAUGGCUGUGAACUUCCUAGAUUGUUAA